AAAAUUUCACAGGCCGUUGUCAUUUGCGCUUUGAUUGCCUGCGUUGCCGGCAAGCCGGGAUUGCUGCACGCACCGCUGGCUGCUCCAGCUGCCGUCUUUGCUGCACCCGCUCCGGUGGUGACUGCUGCCAGUAGCCAAGUGGUGGCCAGAACAUUCAAUGGCAUUGCAACUGCGCCCGUGUUUGCUGCCGCUCCAGUUCCAGUCGCUCCCGUUCCAGCACCAGUCAUCAGGGCUGUGGCCCCAGUUGCUGCUCCUCUGGCUGCGCCAGUUUUCAGACAUGUGGCACCAGUUGCGGCACCUCUGGCCACGCCCUUCGCUGCGCCCAUCAUUAAGGCUGUUGGACCAGUCGCAGCUCCAUUGGCUGCCGCUCCCAUUGCCCAUCCGUAUGCGGCUGCCUUUGCCCAUCCCUAUGCGGCACCGGUCUUUGCCAAGUAUUCUGCCCCGUUGGCUUAUGGAGCAGCUCCGUUGGGCUAUGCCGCAGCUCCAGCACUGUGGUAGGAGCCAAAGCUCAGCAAGGAUUAACAACGUGUGUGUUCAAUGACUGAUAGCCUUUAAUAAAA